UGGAAAGAUGGAGUUUGAGGAAGAACCCUGCAGAAUGAGAGAUGAAGAUACAGAGGAACAGACAGAGUCGAUGGGACUGAAAGAAGACAAGCAGCAUCAGUUUGAAAAACCUCAACAUUUUAAAAAUGAAGAUGGAAAUGCAGUCAUUUCACAGACUGAACAGAAUUUCACACAAACACAAGCUGGAAAAACUGGACCCAGAGGAUCGUUCACAUGCACUCAGUGUGGGAAGAGUUUCAGCCGUACAUCAAACCUUAAGAGACAUGUGAGAUUUCACACUGGAGAGAGGCCUUUUACAUGCACUCAGUGUGGGAAGAGUUUCUUUGUCAAACAAGAACUUAAUGUGCACAUGAGAAUUCACACUGGAGAAAGACCGUUCACAUGCACUCAGUGUGCAUUCAGUUUUAAAUCUAAAAGUGUCCUGAAAAAACAUCAGCUCUCUCACAUUGGAGUGAGAUCAUUCAGCUGUGAUCAGUGUGAUAAAACAUUUGUUUUCGCGUCAUACUUAAAAGAACAUCUUAAACUUCAUGCUGGUGUAAAGCGUCACUUUUGCACUUUUUGUGGAAAGAGUUUUACACAACCGUACAGUUUACAAGUUCAUCAGAUUAUUCAUACUGGUGUGAGACCUCAUGUGUGCUUUGACUGUGGCAAGUCCUUUCUUACAUCUAGUGACUUAAAAAAACACCAGAGGAUUCACACUGGAGAGAAACCAUACAAGUGCUCACACUGCGGAAAAAGUUUCGCUGAUUCAUCAACCUUGAAAACCCAUGAGAGAAUUCACACUGGAGAAAAGCCGUACCAGUGCUCUUCAUGUGGGAGGGAUUUCACUCGCUCAUUUACUCUAAUUAAACAUAAGAUAAAGCAUUGCCCACAGUUGUCUAAGUCACAUUCAGAUCCAUCACUUUCAAGUAAAUAAUUCAAUAUUCAGAUUAAGCAAAAGUUGGAAUUAGUUUAAAUAAUUUAAUCAAAAUGUCAAAAUAUAAGACAUAAGUCAUUUUUUAAGGGCAUAAUGGAUAAAUUUACUUAAGUUUACACGAAGUCAAGGGGUUGCCCAUUGUAUCCUGCCUAAAAAAGCACCAGAUGUUUUUCUAUUUAUAUAUCUAAAGUGAUU